UGCACAAACAGCGCGCUGUUUACCACGGACAUGGUCCGGUGGAGAGCACGUCUGUUAGCGAACACGGCCGGCCAAACCCUGAUCCACUCGCGUCCAGGAGAAACAUGGGAGGGUCUGAGAGCGUCGAGAUACCGGGAGGAGGAACUGAAGGCUACCACGUCCUCCGAGUGCAAGAUAAUUCCCCCGGUCGCUGUGCGGGACUGGAGCCAUUCUUUGAUUUCAUCAUUUCCAUUUGUGACACUAGACUGAACAAGGACAAUGACACCCUCAAAGAGUUGCUGAAGAUGAACGUGGAGAGGCCCACCAACAUGCUGUUGUACAGCAGCAAGACUCUGGCAGUGAGGGAGACAACCGUCACACCCAGCAACCUGUGGGGCGGCCAGGGGCUUCUGGGAGUCAGCAUUCGCUUCUGCAGCUUUGAAGGAGCAAAUGAAAGUGUUUGGCAUGUUUUGGAAGUGGAACCAAACUCCCCUGCAGCCCUGGCUGGUUUGAGGGCCCACGCUGACUACAUCAUAGGAGCCGACACCGUCAUGAACGAGAGUGAAGAUCUGUUCUCCGUGGUCGAAACCAGUGAGGGGAAGGAGCUGAAGCUGUACGUUUACAACACAGAUACGGACAACUGCCACGAGGUGGUCAUCACCCCAAACUGUGAUUGGGGUGGAGACGGCAGUCUAGGGUGUGGGAUUGGCUACGGCUUCCUGCACAGGAUACCCACACUGCCAUUUCUAGAGGGCAAGAAUAUCAGUGUCCCUGCACAGACUGUCAGUGAACCAGCCACUUCACCUAAAGAUGGCCUCACAGAGGUCCUCCUCUCCGCUGUCAUUCCAACCGUUCCUGUGGCUGUGUCUUCAUCUUCUUCUGCUUCGACUGGAUUAGAGCAGGCUCUCUCCGGUGUGUCAGUCAGCUCUAACCCGACCACAUUUGUCAGCAAACUACAGACGGAAGCUCCUACCGUCCCACUGCUCAGCCACUUCCCCUCCUCACAAAGCGCCACCCUGACUGUCAGUCCUGCUGCCACACCACCAGGUUUAAUUCCCUUACCUGGAGGUCUUCCACCCUUUCCUCAUUUACCAAAUCUAAAUAUCACAUUGCCAGACGUGGGCCACGUAUUGACACCUGGAGUUGGUGGAUUACAACGUGCAGGUCUUCCACCUCUCUACAUGCCAGCUGGUGUCCCUGGUGUAACUCUGCCUCCGUCUGACUUUGUUCUUCCACCAAUCACUGCUCAUGCAUCUCCUGCUGUUACGCUGCAUACCAGCACCACAUAUCUCCCCUCCACCAUACAAAUGAACAGUUCACGGACCAGAACCCCCAUCCCGUCAUCAGUGGCCACCUCUGAAUCAAUAAAUAUCACAAUGACUGCAGACUCAUCUUAGCAGAGAGCAACGAUCGAGGUCGUCGGCUUGCUCUUAACACAAUCUAGCCCGUCUAUAAGCUGCACAACUCCGUUGACAAAUUGUUCUACACACUGGUCCAGUUGUACAAGCUCGAGUUCCUCGACACUGGAACCAUGGGCUGGUCUUCUCCACAUGAAGCGUGAAUGUGUGUCCAGCAGCAGUUUGUUGAUGGCAAAAGAAGGAAAAUAACAAGAAUCAAGUAUUAACUGUCGCAGAUCAACUUGUUACUAAAUAGUAAUACAUGUGUUAAUUACACUAUGUGGGCUUUUUGAACUUGGUUCAAAGACAAAGUGUAAAAUGUGGGGAAACAGGUUAGUAUGAAUGCGUGUAAGUUGCGUCCUUUAUUUAGUGGUUAAAUUACCACAGAGCACUUGAAGGGUCACAGUGGGAAUUUUGUUCCCUCAUAAUAUUUUUUGCAGCCCUUCUAAUCCACAACAGUUUGUUGGUGCAGUCCAGUUAUUAGUGUACAGUAGUCUGUCUCACUCAGCAGUGGUCCACUACUGAAUACAACAUUCAUAUUACAGCUCAGCCCCUUGAUAGAUCAGAGGAAAUGCAAAAAAAUUAUUGAAGGUACCACAAAAAGAAAAGAAAUCCCACCGUGACCUUUCAGUGGUUCUGUGAACUGCUUAAAGUCUUCAGGGGAAGAGGGUGGUAAUUUAUACUCCUGGGGAUUUUCCUUUAGAAAAAGCAGGUUUAUCUUCUGUAUCCAUGAAACGAUUUUGGUUUCGUACAAAACAAUCAUUCGUAAAUUGAUAUUGUUACCUUGAUUAAACCAAUGUAUGUUUUCUAUCUCAGCCUGUGGUCCCUGCUUUGUAUCGUCAUCUCUUAAAUGGUUCCUGUUACGCAUCCUGUAUCACUGCAGUACCAAACAAAGUCUCAGAGUGGCAGUGUAAUCUCAAGACAACGGAGAGAUUACCAGGUGAGUGUGGAUGUUAAUUUAGGAAUGACCGGACUCGUCCUACAGUACCAUUCACUGGGAGGGAAAAACAUUUCCUGGCAUUUAUUAUUCACCUUUAGCAGAACUGUACAAUUUGUACCCAAAGUGGAACAUACAGCCCUUAUAAAAGUAAGAGCAACAAAGCAGCAAAACGAAAUACUAGUUUGCAUGGGGACAUUUGAACUGUUUGUACACGUUGCUGUUACAGUUAAAAUCCACCUGUACAGCAUAUACAGUUUCCAAUUUAUUAAUUAAUAUUCCUGCAUAGGAUUUUCUACAUCGUCACAUUUCUACAUUUGGUUACUUUGUGCAUUAAAACGCAAGUACGCUGUCCCAACCUACGUGUCACUAGAUGCCACUUGUAUGCUACACAUUACAUUCCCAUGGCUAAGUAACUCAAAUUAAAGCCUAAGAUUUGUGGAUAAACAAAACAUUUAGCCAAAUCAUUCGUGAAAUCUUUGUAGUUCUACAUAACGACCACUGUCCCCCUCCUCCCCAGUAAUUUAAAUUCUAGCAGCUGAAUCAUUUGCACCACAGCAGGACCGCGUUAUUUAAUCUAAACGGUGGGCUGCAAAAAAAAGUGUCCAUUCGGCCCUUUAAGGCUUUUUCCAUCUGCAACAUCUGAACAGAGCGUCCAGUCACAUUUUCUUCAAGGUACGUCGUCAGUAUCAGUGCUUUAAAUUGGACCCUCAAAAGAUCCCUUUACC